UACCAAUACUGACCUCGUAUCACAACUAGCUGCGAAAACCUCCAAAUGCAAGGAUCUUGAUGAGGAAUGCAUCUACUUGCGUAAACAGUUAACCAAUAGGAAAUCUGCCAUUGACAAUCCAUCUAAGACCCUAGUAAUUGGAAGUUCGAUAAUUCGUGACUUUGACCAUACCAAAAUACGUAACACUGAUGUCACCUGUAUCAGAGGGGGUAAAAUCAAAGAUGUCCAUAAAGAGAUAACAGAACUCGGGAAAACCACAGGACCAAAGCCCUACAAUCGUGUUAUUCUUCAGAUUGCCAGCAACGAUUCCUCCCAAAAUGACGCCAGUGCUGAAUCAAUUGUCAAAGACUAUAAGCUAAUGGCAACUGGGGCAAAAAACAUUUCUGAUGAAAUUCAUGUGUCAAGCAUCACCCCUCGUACAGAUAACAAACAGGCCCAAGAAGUCAUCGAAGCUGUUAAUGCUGAACUGCAAGUAAUGUGCGACAAUGAUAACCAAUUUACAUAUAUAAACAAUGACACAAUAUUUCGUCUCCAGGAUGGCUCUAUAAAUGACGGUUACCUUGAUUCAUGGGGACUGCAUCUAACAAAGGCUGGCUCAAAUAAACUUGCUCAUAAUAUGAAACUAGAUACAAUCUCUGAUGACAUCACCAAGCCACGCCAAUUUAACCGCCCCCGUCCAUCCCCUAACAACCACAAUAAUAGACCCCAAGCCCCUCAAAAUGUGAUGGGUAUCUCCUCAUCGAAUGACACUGAUGGAUGGCAAACAGUAUGUCAUAAAAAACACAACAAUAACAGUUCAUGUGACAAUAGUAGUAGUACCUAUCAGUCAUCUCAUUCCAAUGCACCGAACAAAAAGGGGAAUAAGCCAGCAUGUUUUAAAUGUGGUGAAAGUUCCCACUUGGCAAGCUCUUGCUGGCAUCCCCAUUCUGUAAGGUGCUACCUGUGUAAUUCUUUAGGACAUAAACAAACCAAAUGCCCUGAGUUCAAUGUUGCUAAUUCUAACUAGAUUCUUGGCUAUGAUAUAGCCUUACCCCCAUUCCAUACUAAAUGUCAGCCAAAACGCAAUGUGGUAAACAAAUGUCAUAAAAAACAUAGGCGAGGUGGUCAUACGGUUAAAAAAUCUAAUAAAGCA